UUUAGUAUAAAAUGAAUAAAUCUUAAAAUGCUGUGAUGUUGAAUUGGAAAAGAAAGUCAUAGGUUUUAAGCAAAAUCUUUAAAUGACAGAAAAAUCUUCCAGUGCUCUCAUGCAUACAUCACAUCUCCAUGGAUACUGUUCUCUUCCUUCCCUGCCAUAUGCUCCAGACUGGGAUGGUGUUUGGUCUGUCUGCAUUGUCUGCACUAGUCAAGAGCCACUUAAAACUCAGUUCUCCCUUAUGUUUUGUAUUGCAUUUCUGCACUGAACUUCCUGCUAAUCUAUGUAAAAUUCCUGUAUGUUGUGAUACAGGCAGUUGCUCACUCACCUUCCUGUUAUAUCUUCUCUGUUUUUCUUCAUGUGUGGGUUUCUUUGCAGCAAAUGUGUAGUAAUUGGGAGGAGACGAGAGAGGAGAGGUUCUGGAACACCUUCAGGAUGCUGUGUUCAAAGUCCACGCAGUUCAAACAUCUCCUUGUUUGGGAUCAGUAAUCCUCAGUAACUGCUGGAUUUUUUCAUUUAAGAAAAAUCCCCCAUCCCACACAUUCACUAUGUGCAAGUCCCUGCCCAAUAAGGAGGAUAAGUUUCAGUUGCUUCUUUUUUGCCACAUCAGACCCUUUCCUUUCUCCUGUGCUGAGGAAUUGCCUUUGUGAGCAUAGUGCCAGGAUGUGUUGUACCAGACUUGCUUGGCUUAAAGACUGUGGAAGGAUUGGCCCUGAAUAAGCUCUGCAUGGAGCAUUUUUUUUCCUCCUUGGUAAUAAAACAUCAUAUUUUUUAGGUUUGGCUUGGGGGGUUUUCUGUUUGUUUGGGUUUUUUCUAAGAGGACUAGGGAGGCUCACCCAUUAUACUUAGGAAUCAUGGGGCCAAAUGGCAAAGAAGGUAAAUUGACAUAUAUUUUCUGUUUGUGUCCUGUGAUGUGGAUGGAAGUGUGAGAAUGUUGGUCCCACAAAAUAUUUACCCUGUUAAUAUGGGAAUAUAUGUGCAAAUCUGACAGGAAUUCCUGGUUGAGAUUUUCCAAUCUUAUGCAUGUGUGACUCAUGUACUGGAAUAUUUAUGUGUCCAGUGCCUGAAAAUAGGUAGUAGAUACUUAGGGCAGUUUUUCUUCUCCCUUGUCUGUUUUUCUCACGUAUUUUAUUUUUCUUUCUUUUGGAAAGCCAUUUUAUACUACCACAGCCAUUUGCUAAAUAAAUAAGUAAAUAAAACUGUAUUCCUUUAUAAAAAUUGUAAAAUUAAAAAAAACCCCAAAAAACCAAAACCAACCCACAAGGAAGUGGGGGCAGUUGUUUUGUUUGACCCUGUGUUGCUUCAUAUCUAACAUGAGCGGCAGUUGUUUUCAAAGAAAACCUUCAUUGUCUUGGGUAUAAACCCCUGUCUGUAAAGAAGUAGUGGGUAUUUCAGCAGCAAAAGAGGGUGGGAAAAACAGAAACUGCAGUUGAACAAGACAAGGAAAAGUGUGCUCAUUACCUUCAGGCAGUGGUAAAGAAAUUUAAAUUUUAAAUGCAUUAGAAAUUGUUCAUGUAUUUUAAUUAAUUUGUAAGUUUUACCUGUUUGUGAAAUUAAAUACAACCUUUGAGUUGGAUAGAUGCAUGGUUAGCUACAUACAGCAUUUAAAAUAUUAGUUCUUUUAACUGUAUUGUGAAGGUCAGCUAAUUUUAAGAUUUUCCUCAUUGAUCAAAGUGAAUUGUAAAAUAACAAAAAAUGUUUUAACUUAAAUGCAUGUGUCCUUCUUGACAAUAGAAUGUCUUUAUAAUUGUGUGUUUAAGUUGUCUAUGGUAAAAAUUUUACCACAUUGGAACAGGAAUGACCAAAAGAAGACCAAAGUUAAGAAGAAAACAAGCAAUCCGCAGUUUAAUGAAACAUUUUAUUUUGAGGUAACCAGGUCCAGCAGUUACACCAAAAAGUCCCAGUUUCAGGUGGAAGAAGAAGAUAUUGAGAAACUAGAAGUCAGAAAUGUCAGAGAGGGUUGACCUAUGGAAUAAUGGGAAUCUCGUACAAGACAUCUUUCUAGGAGAAAUUAAAGUUCCUGUGAAGGUGUUAAGAAAUGAUUCCUUUCAAGCAUGGUACUUACUUCAGCCAAGAGAAAAUGGGAACAAGUCUUCUAAAACUGAUGAUUUGGGAUCACUUAGAUUAAAUAUCUGUUACACUGAAGACUGUGUACUUCCAUCUGAGUACUACACUUCUCUAAGGAACUUGCUGCUAAAAUCUUCAGAUGUUCAGCCUAUUUCUGCAUCUGCUGCCUACAUUCUGAGUGAAGUGUGUCGAGACAAGUACGAUGCUGUGCUGCCUCUGGUACGGCUGCUGCUGCACCACCAGAAGCUGGUUCCCUUUGUUGCAGCAGUGGCAGAACUAGAUCUGAGGGACACCCAAGAAGCAAACACAAUCUUCAGAGGCAACUCAUUAGCAACUCGGUGUGUGGAUGAAAUGAUGAAAAUAGUGGGGAAGCACUACCUAAAGGUUACUUUGAAACCUGUAAUUGAUGAGAUAUGUGAGUCUCCUAAACCCUGUGAAAUAGAUCCCAUCAAAUUAAGAGAAGGGGAUAAUGUGGAAAUUAAUAUGGAAAAUCUCCGAUACUAUGUGGACAAAGUGUUCCGUGAAAUAGUGCGGUCGAGUAUAAGUUGUCCUACACUAAUGUGUGAUGUUUUUUAUUCUUUGAGGCAUCUGGCUGCCAAAAGAUUUCCAAAUGACCCUCAUGUACAGUAUUCUGCAGUGAGCAGCUUUGUGUUUCUCCGUUUCUUUGCUGUAGCCGUAGUCUCACCUCAUACUUUUCAUUUACGACCUCACCAUCCAGAUGCACAGACUUCUAGAACAUUAACUCUUAUAUCAAAAGCCAUCCAGACUUUGGGGAGCUGGGGAAGUUUGACCAAGAGCAAACUUUCAAGUUUCAAGGAGACAUUUAUGUGUGAGUUUUUCAAAACAUUUCAAGAAGAAAAAUUUACUGAAUCUGUUAAAAAGUUUCUGGAUGAUGUUUCCUCUACGGAGAGUAAAGAGCCCAGUGGUGUGAGCGAGCCAGUACAUCUGAAAGAAGGAGAAAUGUACAAAAGAGCUCAGGGAAGGACACGGAUCGGUAAAAAGAAUUUCAAGAAGCGAUGGUUCUGUCUAACAAGUAGAGAAUUCACAUACCACAAACAGCAAGAUAAAGAACCAAUUUUCACUAUUCCAAUCAAAAACAUCCUUGCAGUGGAGAAACUUGAUGAGAGCUCCUUCAACAAGAAAAAUAUGUUUCAAGUACUUCAUGGAGAAAAGCCACUCUACAUCCAAGCAAAUAACUGUGUAGAAGCCAGUGAGUGGAUAGAGGCUCUGUGCCGGGUAACGAGGUGCAACCAGAAGAGGCUGAGCUUUUACCACCCCUCUGCCUUCCUGAACGGGAGCUGGCUGUGCUGCAAGGCCACGGCCGAGAGCACCGAGGGCUGCGCUCGCUGCACCGCAGAUGUUCCUGCUGAUACUCAAAUUGAGAUUGAUGGUGACAGAGAGACAGAAAGAAUUUACUCACUUUUCACUGUCAACAGGUCUAAACUACAGAAGUUGGAAGAGGCUUGUGGAAGUAUAGCAGUCUAUCAAGGUCCUCGGAAAGAACCAGAUGAUUAUUCUAAUUUCACCAUAGAAGAUUCUGUAGCCACUUUUCAUACACUUCAGCAGAUAAUAGACAUAGUAGAAAAGCUGAAUGAAUCACAUGAAAAAUACCAGAAGAAGAGAUCAUCUAGUGCCAAAUAUGGUAGUGAAGAAAAUCCGAUUGUUGGAAAGGUUUCCUAACCAAAACAAACUGGCCCACUUGGAUGAAAAAAGAAACUGGAAAUGUUCUAGAGUGUUUUGGUUUUUUGGUUGUUUUCAUUUUUUUAAUUCAUUAUAUGCAUUUUUGCAAAAUAUUUAAGAAUGAACGUAAAUGCUAGUUGUGUUGACAAUCUAUUUAAUAUUUAAGAGAAAAAUACCUUCUUGGAAAUCCGGUCUUUAAGGUUUAUUCUCAUUUUGCUGAAGAACUUGAAGUUUCAGGUUCUUGAAAUGACAGAUGUGAAUAAAUCUAAAUGUUGUUUUGCCAUUGUUGUCUUAUUGGAAAGAACUUUCUAAACAAAUAAGCUUUUUCACGGAAGAAAAUCCACACUGCAUUUGUUGGUUGGAUUACAUCUCAGUACAUACACUGCACACUUGCAUGAGUUUACCAUGAGUGCCUGCCCUGCUGAAUCGGAUCUCGAAAUAGAAAUCCCAAGGUCUUGUGAUGUGGAAAAGAUCUGAAGCUUCACACUCGAUACAUUUGACUUAUUUUUUCCUUGUGUUAGGUGUUGUCAGGACUUGAUUUAUCUACAGUUGAAGUUCUACAGAACCAUGCAGUAUGCUGCAAAUAAUCUGGACAGCAAAUACCAGUGUUAGUUGUGUUAUUAAGUACUAAAGAAGAAAUCAGGGAACUUAUGUUGUACCUCUUGUUUACAUUUGGAGUGAGUAAUAUAUGGAGUGACAUUAGACCACUAUCUAUUUUCUUUAGCAUUUUUUAAGGUACAUAUUUUUACUUAAUCUAAAAAGAAAUGCAGGGUAGUAACAUUCUUGUUAAAAUAGGUUUGCCUACAGAUAGAAAAAUUUAAGUGUGAACAGAUUGUGGUUAAGUACUGAUCAAUUAACAUCAUCCCAUGUAUGAUUUAACUUCUUUUUAUAAAAAGUAAUAACUACGUCCAGCUCAACUUUUGACUACAAAUCUAAUAAAUAAUCUCUAUUAUAAUCACUCAAAGCACUUUAGAUAUCUGGACUAUCCCAGAUUAUUUUUAGAUACUUUGUAGUAUCUGCUUGUUAUGAUCAGUUGAAUGAUCAACACUGUUUUGUCUUUAAGCAAUGCUUCAGUGAAUAUUUUUGUAUCUUUAGUUACAUGGAUUCGUAUUUGCCACUUAACACAAUUUUAAACUGGCAUUCCUGACUUCAGUAAGAUUAAUUUUUGCUCACUUUGUCUGAGAAGUUAGUUUUCUGCUGAGAAAAAGUAUAUGUAUAUAACCAGGAAGAAGCAAAGGUAUUACUGUGGCAACUUUGCUUCAUCAGUAUUAAAUACAAUGGUACUCCUUGGAAUAUUAUUUUUAAUAAAAGUUGUAUGUGGUACUUUUAUUUUUAAAGCAUUUUCUGUGGGGUCUUUUGUUGUUUUGUGGGGUGUUUUUUUAGUUUUGGUUUUGUUUUGUUUUUUCAAUCACGAUUUGGCCAAAUUAAUUAGGAAUGUAACUUACUAGAAAUCCACAAUGCUUGAAACAGUAUGGUGUUGAAAUUACCACACAUUUAUUAUACUGUUGUAAGAAGGCUUUCUAUAAUGGAAGCAAUGUGGCAAGACAAGAUUGAAAUUUCUUUGGAAUGAAUGUAACUCGUUAAAAUUACUUCAGUUUAAUACCAAGAUAUUUUAGAAUAUCUGGGGUUCAGUGCUAGGAUCUGCAACAUCACAAUCAUUCAAUCACCUCAGCUGGUUUUGCCUUUUCCUUUUUUACACAUUUGAUGUGUUCAACAGGACUUUUAUUUGCCAACAGUUAAAACUGAGGGAGAAUACAGCAAUGCAAAUAAAUGUGUUUUGCCAAGGUAAAGGUAAAGAUUAAUUGCCAUUAAUCAAAAACUGCCAUUAAACAAAGUUGAAUGUGGUUGAGUGUCAGAAUUAGGUUUUUGUUGUAUAUGAAUUAACCCUGUGGCAAACCCUCUUCCUUGGAGCCAUUUUCUGUUGUUUUCAAAGUAAAAUUUUUGAAAAAUUGAGUAGUAUACUCUUACAAUGUUGGGGUUUUAUAAUAUGCACUUUUUUUUUUUUUUUUUUGCUUUGGUACUGGAAUAUUGAGAAAAAAACCCAGAAGGCCAUUGAAUAUUUGUGACCAUUAAGAUUUGAUUUCUCAUUUUAUAAUGUUUUAAACUACAGUAGAUGUUCUAGAAUUUAAUUAGGUACAAGUAGGAUGAUUAAUAAUAAAAGUUGCAUUCAUUUUGAUUAGUCUAGAAAAGUGAUGUUAUUCAGUAAUUAGUUCUGUUAGAAUUGUAAAAGUUUUAAUGUUCUUAUGAUGAUGUAUUGUUGAAUGUAUUUUUAUUUAAAUUUUAUUUUCUUAUCAAGACAUUAAAAUGUUUUGUAACGUUGCUUGAGAAUAACUCAGAAAUAAAUUACAACAAACCUGAGAUAAGCUGUG